AUGCUUGGAGAACUUUCGCUGGAAAUGUUAGAGAUGAAAACAGAAGAAAAAAUUAAUGAUGCAGAUUACUUCUUACAGUUGGAAGACCUUUUGCAAAAUAAAGAUAUAGCUCAAGGUCAGUGUUUAGAGUGCCAUAACAAUACUACAAAAAUGUGCCAACAAUGUGCUACAGUAAUAUGUGAACAAAAAGGUUUAAUAAAUAAAUGCAAUAUCCACACUGAGAAAGCUUUAGACUACUAUUGUAAAGACUGUUCUAAAUCAAUCUGUAUGGACUGUUUAGUAGUUGGAGGUGAAAAGUCGUGCAAGAAUCACAAUUUAGUUUCUACACAAGAAAUGAACGAAGAAUUACUGGAGGAGCUAGCAGAAAUCUCCCCUAAAGUUGAUGAAACCUUCAGAAGACUAACAAAAACUGCAGUAGACAUUGGACAUUUGUUACUUGAUAUUGCAAAUGACACCGGAUCUUCAGAUUUAACUCAGAUUGCAAGUGAAGUAGAACAACACUUUUCCAAGCUCACAUUCAUCAUUCAGACUCAGAAAAAAGAAAUCAUUGAUAAAAUACUUUUUCUGAAGAAUGCUGAAAAGGAAUCAUUGCAUAAGGCAAAGAGCACACUAGCCGAUUCAAUUACCAAAGCAAAAUCAGUCCUCAUGGCUAUAAACAAAUCGUUGAGUGUGGAUAAAAUUAGACAGGCAAACAUGUCAAUACUCCUAGAAGAUGCCAAGAAAGUUGUUGGCAGUCCAUGGUAUUUGAACAGAAUCAGGAUUCCAAGGAAUUUAGUCGUAAAUGAAGAGGUGUGCAAUCUCAUUAGCGGGUAUAUUCGCCUGGAAGGUGAUAAUAAUAGUACAUACGAACUCCUCUCUACUGCUGAAUUGGAUCCAAGUAUCGAAAUACCACCUGCUCCACCAGCCCCGGUUUAUCCUCCAGAAUUACCCAAAGACGUGAGACAACAGAACAAACCAAAAAGCGAAAAGGAACCUGCCAAAUCGCAGUCGUUUUAUAAGCGCGCCCCAACUUACCGCAAGAGCGGUUCCCUGUCGUCUAUAAACUCUCUCAACAGCGAUUCUUCUUUCAUAAGCUCGCAUAAUGCUAUCAAUAGGGACGAUGGGUAUCAGAGGCCAAUAAUUCAAUCUGUAUCACCAUUUCCAGAAAGUCAACACCCUAAGCAACUGCAUGAAGGCGGCCAAGAGCUAGUUUAUAUUUCGCACAUAGUGACUCCGCACAACUUUUUCGUACAAAGAGCUUGCCAUCAGACCAUGGUUGAGGAAAUGCUGAAAGAAUUCCGCAACGCCGUCUCCUUGCCCACACCGUCGGUGACCCACGUAGUCGAAGGAAAGUUCUACUUGGUUUUCAACAAGGCCGACAGCUUGUGGCAGAGGUGCCGAGUUAUCAGCAUCGACAGAAAAAACACGAGUAAGCCGCUCUUCCAGGUGUUUUGCAUCGACUUUGGAAGCACGGAAAUUGUUCCGCUGGAUAAAUUACGUCUACUUCCACCGGCGUGGGUACAGUCUCCUUUCCCCUUCGCCAUCAACUGUUCGCUAGCAAACUGCGAACCAAUGUCUGGCGCGUGGACCACCGAUGACGCAUUAUUUAUACAAAAUAUAACCGAUAACAAGCAAGCGGUGAUGCACGUCCACCGCAUUCGCUCCACGUCCAACUACAGCGUCACCAUAGAUUGCGAAGUGACCACCUUCGAGGGCGGCGUCAGCCUUGCCCACGCCCUUGUGUUCCAUGGAAGGGCCCGUAUGCCCAACCCCAGGCUGCCGUAUCCGAGAAAUAAGAGCAUUAUCGAGAAGCCAAAGUUGUUUAUAAGCAAUAACGACUUUAAGCUGAAAACAGUGGAGGAAGUCUACAUAACCCAUAUAGUGAGCCCAGAUAACUUUUAUGUUAGAAAGCAACACCUCCAAGAGGUAUAUGAGAAGUUAUCUGAGGAACUCGAUCAAAAUUACAGUGUAAAUACUGGUACUAUCUACCUUCCGGAAUUAGAAAUGGUGUGCGUGGUGAACGUGGAGAAGUACGGCGCGGCGGACGCCGUCGGGAGGGGGCUGCGCGCUAAGUGGGCGCGCGCCGUGGUGAGGGAGCUGCCGGGGCGCGGCCGCGUGCGGCUGCUGCUGCCCGACUGCGGCGCCUCCGUGCUCGCGCACUGGAGCGCGCUGCGCCGCAUCCAGCCCGCCUUCACCAGGCUGCGCGCCCUCGCCACAGAAUGCCACUUAGCUGGUGUUACGCCAAUAAACAAGAAAUGGAGUCCGAACUCCGUGUUGCUGCUGCAAAAGUUCAGCAAUCGACCGCUCGAGCUUUACGUAGAAGACAACCGCAACCGCUCGCUUGGCGUCACUCUGUAUGACAAAACAGACACGGAAAAUGUAAUUUGCCUUAACACCGAAAUGGUCAGGUGUAGAUUCGCCGUUUCCUUUGGAUUGUUCAUGUUCAACAAACAGAAUGUUGUCGAAGAACCGGUGAUCACUAAUAAAUCACCGCUAGAACAAAACGCACCACCACCCAAACGGAAUCCAGAAAACGUUGUCAAUGUUUUGAAAAAAGACCAGUUUCCCAAAACCAAGGGGGCGGAGGAACACUUGAAGGCGAGAGACAAGGGCCCGUUGCGUCUAGAGGCCAAGGUGCUCUAUUACCAAUCGCCUUCCUUGAUCUACGUGUCACUCGUCCAUCAGCAAAAAACCUUCAACUCUUUGUACGAGAACAUACAAAAACACUACUCGAAAAAGAAGACACAAGGCAAAGAGAAGUGGAGCAUCGGUGAUAGGUGCUGCACAAUAUGCCAACAGUCGCAAACGUGGCGGCGAGCCGUUAUUGUCGAGUUAGCGAGUGACAGCGCGAAGGUAUUCUACUCGGAUUUCGCCUGCAUAGAGACUGUACCUCUGUCAAGUCUGAGAGAGCUGACUGAGGAUUUCUCCUCGAUUGGAUACGCUGCUAUAAAGUGCCACCUGUGCGGCGUAGUGCCCGCUGACGGAGAGGAAUGGCCGUCGGUGACGAAGGAAUACCUGAAAGAGAUGUUGGACGUGUACAAAAGAAUCUUUAUCACGAAAUUCGGCGAAUUCAAAGACAAGAGCAUGCCCGUUGAAAUGUGGGUAUACCACACGACCCAAGGCGAAGCCCUGGAGGCGAACAUUUCGGAGUGGCGUUGUCUGAACAAGAAAAUCAUCGAUCAAGGCUUGGGUAUACCAGACAAAAAUCUAAAGACUAGUUCUCCUAGUGUUGCCACUGACAAUGCAAGCGGAAACAUGUUAUCGUUUCUCAACGUGACUGGUUCAGUCGAGGAGUGGCUACAAUUAGAACCUUUGCCAACGAAACCUCUAAUUCUAAAAUCGGAUUCCGAAAGCAACUCCAACGCUUCCACACCAGUGAAUUGUACAUUUAAUACUGGAAAUGACGAGAAAACACAAACAACGAAAGAUGAAAUAGAAACAAUAUUUAUAUCUGAUUGGAUGCCACCAGAGCCAUUUCAAAACGAAGAAUUUAUGGGUGUACCCACAUAUGUGGACUACGAUGGGAUCAUUUAUCUACAUGAUGUUUCCCAACGGGAUACUCUUGAUUUGAUACGGAAAGCAUUAGAUGUACGCUUCAAGAAACCCGACCCUAAAGCAAAAUACGCCAAGUGGGCGGUUGUUGAAUUCGAAAUGGCCGAGUACAGUGAUGGCUCCAAAGCUGUUGUGAGGAAAUACGGACCGAAAAAAAGUACAUAUGAUGAUCCUAAAAAUUCGCCUCUUUUGGAAUCGGACUCUGGUCCCGAUUAUCUAGUAGAAGAAGAAGAAGAAAAAGAUACUGAUUUAUCAGCGUCUUACGAUUGUUACGACAUGAAGCUAUUGAAAGGUAGGGAUUGGAAUAAAAUAGUACAAGAAGAUGAAGAAAAGAAAUCUUUUGAAGGGAAGUAUUUUAACUUUAAAACAAAUAUCGUCAAAGAAUUCGUAUGCAACAUCACAGUUAUAAAUGACGUGAAUAAUUUCCAACUGAACAUCGUGCAUUGUGAAGAAACUAUGGGAAAAUAUGAAGAAAUGUUUAAAAAACUACAAGAGACGGCUAAUAGUAUGGCGCCUUUGAAUGGCAUUUUCGAAAACAAAGCCUGUGUUGCCAUGUUUACUGAAGACGGCCAGUGGUAUAGAGCGUCAAUCUUGGAAUACAGUGAAAACACUAACCAGUUAAAAGUGCGGUAUGUCGACUAUGGCAACAUCGAAAUUAUCUGUCUAGCGGAUGUCAGAGAAAUAGAAGAAGAAUUUAUAGACUUGCCCCCAUUAACAGUACAAGCAAUUUUGUACGCAAUAGAAAUAAACCCUAUUGCAGACGUGAAAGUCCUUACGACAGAGUAUGAACAAACAUUUUUAGAUAAAGGUCCAUUCCACGCCAAUGUGAUCGAUUAUAAAGAUGGCGUCCCAUGUGUGGAGUUAAAAAAUGAACAAGGGGAAUUGGUUUACCAGAAUCUUAUUGCAAAUAAGAUUUUUUUGCGUUCUCAUACGCUU